GCCCGUUCCAGUGCCUGACCACUCUCUCUGAGGAUAAAUUAUUCUUAAUAUCCAUCCUGAACCUCCCCUGGCGCAACUUGAGGCCAUUCCAUCUCAUCCUAUUGACAGUGAGAUGGGAGAAGAGGCCAACUCUCACCUGGUCACAACCUCCUUUCAGGGAGAUGCUGUGAGCUGUGAGCCCUCAAGUUGCGUAACCGUUGGGGUUAUGGCAACUGAUUAAAAAUGAUGGGAUGGAAAGUAAUGAGUUUCCUCAUAGGAGGCGCUCAUCUUGAGCUGUCAAUCUGAAGAAGUGCAAACAGAUGCGGACAAAGGAGAGUCAAUGCGGUGUAUUGAAAAACAUGCAAGGACAUGACGCAUAAGUUGCCAGGUUUGUGGGAAGGUCAUAUAGCGUACCUCCCCAUAUUUAUUUUUCAGACAUCAUCCUCCGUGCUAGUGAGGCUUUAUCUGCUUGGUUUUCAGGGCAAGUUUCACAUUCAGGGAUAUCCUGUGCAGUAGCGUCCUUGUUGCAGACCCUGUUUCUGUAUUGCGUCUCUUCUGGGCCCGCUGAGCAAGAAGAAAUUCCUUCUUGAGGUUGUCAAGGCACUAUGAAAGUUUUCCGGCAAAGCUGUGGAUGCCCCGUCCGUGGAGGUGUUCAAGGCCUGGUUGGGUGGCGUCCUGGGCUGCCUGGCCCAGUGGGUGGCAUCGCUGCGCACAGUGGUGGGGUUGGACGUACCACUUGUUUAACGUCCCCUCCAAGCCAGGGCAUUCUAUGGUGCUGUGAUUCUACGAUAUGGCGCCUUUGGUGUUCCGUUUCCGGAUGGUCGCCUGGAUCCGGAUUUUGUGCCUCAGGGGAAACCCAGAGGGCUUGCACAGAUAAGUCCUAAGUGUUUGGUUAGUUGGAGAGCUGCCACAUAUGAGUGGGAUGGUUACCCCUGCCAUCAGCUGAGAGCACCCAGGCCUUGGCCCUCUUGGUCAAUCAACAGCGUGGAAUCGUGUCCCUGAGCCCGGUGUGGAUGCUGGAGGUGUGACUGGAGGUGUAGGUGAUCCAGCUUCCCCUCUGCGAUCCAGGAUGCGUGGGAGUCCGUCAUCUCACAUGGAAGUGCGGCCAGGGAAGGCGUUGCCAAGUCCUCAGCUCUUUCCUGUGCUGGAGCCCCGCUGGAAUCCCAGGGCUUCCUACGUUGUGUUAGGUCCGGAAAGAGGAAAGGAUACAUCUAGAAGAGGGAGAUACUCCCCGAGGUCAUCUCCUGGGCUAAAGGAACUCCUGAAGGAAAUGGAGAAGGCAGCGCGUGGAAGUGACCAACCAUCUGCACAGGACGCGCUGCGGUUUGGCAGCCAUCCCACACUGCCAGUCUCGGCCAGAGGAACACAGACAGCGCCGACAACUGGCAUGCCAGGGGUGGAUGCUGGGAAAAACACAAGGGCUGUGCUUCAGGAGUUUCUGCAGGUGCACUUCACCCUAGUGAUCACAGUGCUUGUAACUGUGCUGCUGUCUGGGCUGGUGAUGACCUGUAUUGCUGUGUCGUGGAUGUGGCACAAAUAUCCAGUGUGCAAGAGGGCAGAGACAGCUCCAGGACAAGCUCAUCCUGAGAGUGACCGGGAGAGAGGCCAAUCUGGAGGUGAAGGCAGAGCGGAGCUGGGAGAGGCAACAGAAGAUGCCGUAGUUGCCCAAGAAAAGAAGAAUGUGUCCAGCGGAUCCAGCCCGUUCCCCUCCUCCUUUGAAGCGGAGUUUGAACAGCUGUGCAGCAAAAUCCGCACAGACCCUUCCCUUUGGCCCACGUGUCCCAGCAGCUCUCCCACGGACGGCGUCUCUUCCCCAGAUGCCCGCGGUUCUCGGGGUUCCCCAUAGCCAUCUAGUGCCCCGGUUACCUGUGUCAGCAGGGCUGGGGUCCCCUGGAAGACCCCGCUUUGUGAGUAAUAAAGACACCCUGUGCAAAA